UCUCUCUCUCAUUCUCUCGCUGUCUCCUCCUCCUCCUCCUCCUCCUUAGGUUUCUCAGAAAUCACCUCCAUCCUUCCUUCCCUUCCUUUCUUCUUCCAGGAACCUUCUUCUCUCUUUCUCUCACCGCUUCUUCCGUCGUCAGAUUCCAUUGCCAAUUGCUCUUACCGAGUCGUCUCGAAUGCCUUUGCGCCUUUCCGUGUCGUCAAUUUGAUUCCGAGGUUGCCGAACUCUCUGUAAAUCGGAGUGCUUUUUGUAUUUGUCGUUGUUGUUGUGGGUACGAGCUACGAACUCUAUUCUCGUUAGAAUUAAUAAUAGGAGAAGGAAGAAGAAAUGAGGGGAAAUCAACCACCGCCAGCCGCCGCGCCGAGCCGCCAGCGACAGCGGCGGCGGCCGGACCUCACGCUGCCCCUCCCUCAACGGGACAUGUCUCUGGCCGUGCCUCUCCCUCUCCCUCCGAGCUCGGCGCCGUCGUCUUCUUCGAGUCAGCUCCAUUUCGGCGGGACUGGACCGAUGGCUUUGUCGGAGCUCGAGCGGAUCAACCGGAUCGGCAGUGGAGCCGGCGGCACGGUGUACAAAGUCGUCCACCGCCCCACGGCGAGGUUGUACGCGCUGAAGGUGAUAUACGGCACCCACGAGGAGGCCGUACGGCGCCAGAUCCGCCGGGAAAUCGAGAUCCUCCGCGACGUGGAUAACCCUAACGUCGUCAAGUGCCACGACUUGUUCGAUCAUGCCGGCGAGAUUCAGGUCCUGCUCGAGUACAUGGACGGCGGCUCUCUCGAAGGAACGCCAAUCCGUCACGAGCCCUCUCUUUCCGACAUCUGUCGUCAGAUCCUCUCCGGCCUCUUCUACCUCCACAAACGGAGGAUUGUUCAUAGAGAUAUCAAACCUUCGAAUCUGUUAGUCAACUCCAGCAAACAAAUCAAGAUUGCGGAUUUCGGAGUCUCGAAAAUCUUGGAGCAGACCAUGGAUCCGUGUAAUUCGUCGGUGGGGACGAUUGCGUAUAUGAGUCCGGAGAGAAUCAAUACCGAUCUCAAUCACGGCAAGUACGACGGCUACGCCGGAGAUAUUUGGAGCUUUGGGGUUAGCAUUCUGGAGUUCUAUUUGGGGAGAUUCCCGUUCGCGGUGGGGCGGCAAGGGGAUUGGGCCAGCCUCAUGUGCGCAAUCUGUAUGUCUCAGCCUCCGGAGGCGCCAUCCACGGCGUCGCGGGAGUUUCGUGAUUUCAUCGCCUGCUGUUUGCAGAGAGAUCCAUCAAAGAGGUGGACCGCCGCCCAAUUGCUGCGCCACCCGUUCAUCACGCAAAGAGCCCCGGUGGCGGUCAAUCACCACGGUCAGGUUCAUCAGCCUCACCAACUCCUACCUCCACCUCCAAAUUUUUCUUCUUCUUGAUUAGUUUCUUCUUCUGUUGUUACUGUUAAAUUCGGUAGCUCUGCAAAAUGAUGGGCCGGGUGGGCGGGGAUUUUAAUUUAAUUUUAAUUUUGAUUGUGGUAGGAAAAUAUUGGACGAAUAUGGGGAAGGAAGGGGUGGGGGGAGAGAAAAAAAAAAAAAAAAAAGUCUGUUACUUUGAGGCUUCUUCAAUCAAUCAAUCAAUCAAAUCUUGUCUUGCUGUAAUGCUUUGCAGAAAAAGAAAUAUCUACCUUUCAAGAUUGAUCCAA